UUGGCUUGGAUUACUCCCCAAGCAAAAGCCCGUGCCAUCGGGUCAAAUUUCAACCGUUUAAACCCUAGCAACCAGGGUUUAUGCUCGCGCGCUUGUCCCCGUCUCAGAAAACUUGUUUUCUUAAUCCCCUUCUUCCUCUCCUUAUGAUCCGAAUUCCAAUUCCAACUCAUUGGUAAUCACACCAUUGACUCAAACAUUUUGUAGUUCUUUUGCUUUAUUAUCCAUGGCUGCUUCUAGAUUAUCAUCUUGCGUAGCAUUAGCAGCCGCCGCCGCUGCUUCCGCCUCCACGCUCCAGAACCGCGCGUAUGCCGACUCGCCAUUUCGGUUCCCUCCGUUCUCCUCAUCCUCUUCUUCUACUCCCUCGGUUUCGCAGGCGGAGCAAUCAUCAAAUGCGAAACCGGAGCCCGAUGAGCCCAAAGGAGCAGGGUUCGAUCCAGAGGCUCUUGAAAGAGGCGCCAAAGCUCUUCGAGAGAUUAACAACUCUCCACAUGCCAAACAGGUUUUUGAUCUUAUGAGAAAGCAGGAACAAACUCGGCUAACAGAGGUAUCAGCUGAGAAAGCUCAUUAUGAAGCAAUUCAAUCACAGGCUGAUAUCGACAGGCAGCGGAAGUUGGCUGAAGAGCAACGGAAUUUAAUGCAACAACAAGCUCAGGCAAAAGCACAAAUGCUGAGAUACGAAGAUGAGUUGGCCAGAAAAAGAAUGCAGACAGAUCAUGAAGCUCAGAGGAGACAUAAUGCUGAAUUGGUUAAGAUGCAAGAAGAGUCAUCUAUCAGAAAAGAACAAGCAAGACGAGCUACUGAGGAGCAGAUACAAGCUCAACAACGACAGACGGAGAAAGAGAGGGCUGAAAUGGAGCGGGAAACUGUAAGAGUUAAGGCCAUGGCUGAGGCGGAGGGACGGGCUCAUGAGGCAAAAUUGACAGAGGAUCAUAAGAGGCGAAUGCUAAUAGAAAGGGUGAAUGGAGAAAGAGAGAAAUGGCUUGCUGCAAUUAAUACAACUUUCAGUCACAUAGAAGGGGGUUUUAGAACUUUAUUGACUGAUAGGAAUAAGCUACUUAUGACUAUUGGAGGAGCUACUGCAUUAGCAGCAGGAGUUUACACUACAAGAGAAGGAGCUAGAGUCACUUGGAGUUAUAUCAAUAGGAUACUGGGUCAGCCGUCACUGAUUCGAGAAUCAUCUAUUGCUAAAUUUCCUUGGUCAGGCAUAAUGUCUCAAGCAAGGAACCGAGCCUUAAAGUAUAAUACAGCAGCUGGGACAGCAGCACCACUGGAAAGCAAAAAGGGUCUUGAGAAUGUUGUUCUCCACCCCUCAUUGAAAAGGAGAAUAGAGCAUCUUGCUAGGGCUACAGCAAACACCAAGACUCACCAGGCCCCUUUCAGAAACAUGCUAUUUUAUGGGCCUCCUGGCACUGGUAAAACAAUGGUUGCAAGGGAGAUAGCACAAAAAUCGGGAUUGGAUUAUGCCAUGAUGACAGGAGGAGAUGUUGCACCACUGGGUGCACAGGCUGUCACCAAAAUCCAUGAGAUAUUUGAUUGGGCUAAGAAGUCAAAGAAAGGUUUACUGCUUUUUAUUGAUGAGGCCGAUGCUUUUCUAUGCGAGCGUAAUAGUAUACAUAUGAGUGAAGCACAACGGAGUGCUUUGAAUGCAUUGCUUUUCCGAACCGGAGAUCAGUCAAGAGAUAUAGUUCUUGUGCUUGCCACGAACCGGCCAGGGGAUCUUGACAGUGCUAUCACUGACCGCAUUGAUGAGGUGAUCGAGUUCCCACUUCCUGGGGAGGAAGAAAGAUUCAAACUUCUGAAGCUUUAUUUAAACAAGUACCUCUCUGAUGAAAGUGAUGGUACAUCCAAGUGGGGUGCUUUGUUCAAUAAAAAGCCACAGAAGAUAACAAUAAAAGAUUUAUCAGAAGAUGAAAUCCGAGAGGCUGCAAAAAAGAUAGAAGGUUUCUCUGGCCGUGAGAUAGCUAAACUCGUGGCUAGCAUCCAGGCAGCCGUCUACGGGCGCCCAGACUGUGUAUUGGAUUCUCAGAUGUUCAAGGAAAUAUUAGAUUACAAGGUCGCGGAGCAUCAACAGAGAAUAAAAUUGGCAGCUGAAGGUGGUUUGCCAUCUUAGCUUGGCAUUUACUCCUAUGAUUUUUACUCGCAGGAUAGAGUAGGCCUUCUCUUUGAAACCAUAAAUGUGGGAAUUUUGUCUUUGUUCCCACAUAUUUCGGAAUUUACUGCCUUGAUGGGUCAUUUACGUUUAAUCACCCUUGUUUGUAAUUGGCUUCCAAACAUUGAUGAAGAUUAUCGAUUGACCGAAUGCUAUUAGAUUCAUUGCAAUAGCCUGGUUCUGUAUUGUGAGUUCA